AUGAGUAGCAGUGACGAGCGAGUAGUCGAAGGAAUUGUCUGGGAUCGCGUCGAGGGAAGAGGAAUUGUCUGGGAUCGCGUCGAAGGAAGAGGAAUUGUCUGGGAUCAUGUCGGGGAAAGAGGAAUUGUCUCGGACCGUUUCGAGGGAAGAGGAAUUGUCUGGGAUCAUGUCGGGGAAAGAGGAAUUGUCUCGGACCGUUUCGAGGGAAGAGGAAUUAUCUCGGGUCGCGUCGAGGGAAGAGGAAUUGUCUGGGAUCGCGUCGAGGGAAGAGGAAUUAUCUCGGGUCGCGUCGAGGGAAGAGGAAUUGUCUCGGACCGUUUCGAGGGAAGAGGAAUUAUCUCGGGUUGCGUCGAGGGAAGAGGAAUUGUCUGGGAUCGCGUCGAGGGAAGAGGAAUUGUCUCGGACCGUUUCGAGGGAAGAGGAAUUAUCUCGGGUCGCGUCGAGGGAAGAGGAAUUGUCUGGGAUCGCGUCGAGGGAAGAGGAAUUAUCUCGGGUCGCGUCGAGGGAAGAGGAAUUGUCUGGGAUCGCGUCGAGGGAAGAGGAAUUGUCUCGGACCGUUUCGAGGGAAGAGGAAUUGUCUCGGGUCGCGUCGAGAGAAGAGGAAUUGUCUGGGAUCGCGUCGGGGGAAGAGGAAUUGUCUGGGAUCGCGUCGAGGGAGGAGGAAUUGUCUCGGACCGUUUCGAGGGAAGAGGAAUUGUCUGGGAUCAUGUCGGGGAAAGAGGAAUUGUCUCGGACCGUUUCGAGGGAAGAGGAAUUGUCUCGGACCGUUUCGAGGGAAGAGGAAUUGUCUCGGACCCAAUGCAUGCACUAAAUCAGUUGAUUGUACGUUCUCGUUUUCCAAGUCAUUAUCAUUUAUCAAAACUUUUAUUAUCGAUCGACAACAAUCGACAAGAGCAAAUAGUACCACCUCAAAGUAAUCAAAUUCCUCAACACAUAACAAAGCAGCAGAUGCAGUACAGAAAAAGUGAAAAGAAUGCACAAAAUGAUUUGGGAAAUGGGAUAAAGCCAACAAAAUGGCAGCGACGUGCUCUUAUUUUAACUUUUUUAUAUAGUAAUGAUAAAGCAAUUCCGGAAUAUGUGCCAAAAACUGUAAUGCGAAGUCUACGAAAUCGUCUUCGUGUAACAUUCAUAAUGAUGGGAAUUUUUUGGUUUUACGUGAUAACAUUCGCAAUGGAACGCAGUAUGGUUGCAUCUAUUUUUCCGAAUAAAGCUUCCGAACAAUAA